UUUCUGGGGAGGGGGCUACAGGGGUGCUAACUCCUUCUCCCUAUUCUCAGUUUAGACAAUAGGGUGAGGUUGUGAGAUAACCAGAUAAAGGAGGGAAGGGGACACUGUGGUGUGGUCUUUUCCUUUUCUUUUCACUUUUUGAUUUUUGCUCCUAUCUGUCCUGGGCUGUGGGGAGGGCCGAAUUUAGCAUCAGAAGUAAAAGCGGAGCUGUAGCUGGUGCAGACAGACUCCCAGACCUCUGCCCCACCGUAGCAGCCAGACUACUUUGUGGUUGGAGCCGAUCUGAGGGGCUUGAGGAAGCCUGCAUGGGAGGUGCUGAACCCAGGUUGCGGUUCACUAGCGACAGAUUUGCUGUUCUGGUUCUCCUUUACUCCAUUCCCUUUUCUUCUCCUAUUUUUUUUUUUUUUUUUUUUAAAUCCUGGUGCUUCACCAGAGUUUGGAGUAUGACAGCGAGUGUUUCUGGACUCUAGCAUCUGAGGGAGCACUGAAGAGCUGUAGGGUUUGCCAUCACAGUUCUAACAGUGCAGGGAGCUUGAAGAUGCAGUGGGGGUUAUGUAGGACUCGUGGUUUUUCGUUACACUCAGGGGGGAUCUUUCGGAGAAUGUUUCUGAGCUGAUUGCGCCUUGUGGGUUCAAAGACUGACUGGGGUGUUCCUGGAGGGCAGCAGUGGGCUGGGGGUUCUGGAGUGAAAGCACUAAGUAGUAGUGAGGUGCGUGUGUUCUUACGUGUGUCUGCACCGUGCUUCUGUUCUGCAGUCGGUGGGCAGGAGCUCCGCUGUGUCUGGGCUGGGCUGCCCGAUGCCUGGAAUGGCUUUGAGGUCCUGUUGUCAUUUUCCAUCGAGAGCAGGGACCUGAUCACUGAGGUUGGCCAGGGCUGGCAGGGAGCUGAGGAUGCAUUGUGGUUGUCUUUUCUUCUUUUCCUUCUUCCUCCUCCACCUCCUCCUUCCCCUUCUUCUCUUUCUUGCCCCUUCUUCCCCUCCUCUCUGCUCUGCUCUCCUCUCCCUUUCUUCAGGUCACAGCGGAGUGAAUCAGCUCGGUGGUGUCUUUGUCAACGGGCGGCCACUGCCGGACUCCACCCGGCAGAAGAUCGUAGAGCUAGCUCACAGCGGGGCCCGGCCGUGCGACAUUUCCCGAAUUCUGCAGACCCAUGCAGAUGCAAAAGUCCAAGUGCUGGACAAUCAAAACGUGUCCAACGGAUGUGUGAGUAAAAUUCUGGGCAGGUAUUACGAGACUGGCUCCAUCAGACCCAGGGCAAUCGGUGGUAGUAAACCGAGAGUAGCGACUCCAGAAGUUGUAAGCAAAAUAGCCCAGUAUAAGCGGGAGUGCCCGUCCAUCUUUGCUUGGGAAAUCCGAGACAGAUUACUGUCCGAGGGGGUCUGUACCAACGAUAACAUACCAAGUGUGUCAUCAAUAAACAGAGUUCUUCGCAACCUGGCUAGCGAAAAGCAACAGAUGGGCGCAGACGGCAUGUAUGAUAAACUAAGGAUGUUGAAUGGGCAGACCGGAAGCUGGGGCACCCGCCCGGGUUGGUAUCCGGGAACAUCAGUGCCAGGGCAACCUACACAAGAUGGCUGCCAGCAGCAGGAAGGAGGGGGAGAGAAUACCAACUCCAUCAGUUCCAAUGGAGAAGAUUCAGAUGAGGCCCAAAUGCGACUUCAGCUGAAGCGGAAGCUGCAAAGAAAUAGAACAUCCUUUACCCAAGAGCAAAUUGAGGCCCUGGAGAAAGAGUUUGAGAGAACCCAUUAUCCAGAUGUGUUUGCCCGAGAAAGACUAGCGGCCAAAAUAGAUCUACCUGAAGCGAGGAUACAGGUAUGGUUUUCUAAUCGAAGGGCCAAAUGGAGAAGAGAAGAAAAGCUGAGGAAUCAGAGAAGACAAGCCAGCAACACACCUAGUCAUAUUCCUAUCAGCAGUAGUUUCAGCACCAGUGUCUACCAACCCAUCCCACAACCCACCACGCCUGUUUCCUCCUUCACCUCUGGCUCCAUGUUGGGCCGAACAGACACAGCCCUCACAAACACGUACAGUGCUCUGCCGCCCAUGCCCAGCUUCACCAUGGCUAAUAAUCUGCCUAUGCAACCCCCAGUCCCUAGCCAGACCUCCUCGUACUCCUGCAUGCUGCCCACCAGCCCUUCGGUGAACGGGCGGAGUUAUGAUACCUACACCCCCCCACAUAUGCAGACACACAUGAACAGCCAGCCAAUGGGUACCUCGGGCGCCACUUCCACAGGACUCAUUUCCCCUGGUGUGUCAGUUCCAGUUCAAGUUCCUGGAAGUGAACCUGAUAUGUCUCAAUAUUGGCCAAGAUUACAGUAAAAAAAAAAAAAUCAAAAAAACAAAAAGAAUAUAUUGUGUUAAUUCAGUCAGUGACUAUGUGGACACAGCAGUUGGGCGUUCAGGAAGGAAAGAAAAAUGGCUGUUAGAAGCACUUCAGUUCUGCAGUUGUGUCCUCUGGUGUACCACUGGGGAAUGGACUUGAAAACAAGGACCUUUGUAUACAGAAGGCACGAUGUCAGUUGGAACAAAUCUUCAUUUUGGUAUCCAAACUUUUAUUCAUUUUGGUGUAUUAUUUGUAAAUGGGCAUUUGUAUGUUAUAAUGAAAAAGAACAACGUAGACUGGAUGGAUGUUUGAUCUCUGUUGAUCAUGAAGUUGUUUUAAAAGAAAAAAGGAAAUCAUGAUCAACAAGCUUUGCCACGAAUUUAAGAGUUUUAUCAAGAUAUAUGGAAUACUUCUACCCAUCUGUUCAUAGUUUAUGGACUGAUGUUCCACGUUUGUAUCAUUCCUUGCAUAUAAUUAAACCUGGAACAACAUGCACUAGAUUUAUGUAAGAAAUAUCUGUUGGUUUUCCAAAGGUUGUUAACAGAUGAAGUUUAUGUGCAAAACAAAAGGGUAAGAUAUAAAUUCAAGGAAGAAAAAAGUUGAUAGCUGAAAGGUAGAGUGUGUCUUUGAUAUAAUCCAAUUUGUUUUAUGUCAAAAUGUAAGUAUUUGUCUUCCCUAGAAAUCCUCAGAAUGAUUUCUAUAAUAAAGUUAAUUUCAUUUAUAUUUGACAAGAAUACUCUAUAGAUGUUUUAUACACAUUUUCAUGCAAUCAUAAGUUUCUUUUUUGGCCGGCAAAAGUUAAUUGUUCUUAGAUAUAGUUGUAUUACUGUUCACAGUCCAAUCAUUUUGUGCAUCUAGAAUUCAUUCCUAAUCAAUUAAAAGUGCUUGCAAGAGUUUUAAACUUAAGUGUUUUGAAGUUGUUCACAACGACAUAUCAAAAUUAACCAUUGUUGAUUGUAAAAACCA